AUGGGACGUUACUUUUGCACUAUUGACAAGAAAACAAGAAUCAAUAACGCUUCAUCAUGCUUAAUGGGCAUUCACAAGAUGGAGUUACCCAUCCUAUGUGUCAAAGGUGAACGUUAUCCAGUGCACAAACUUGUUUUAGCAUCUGCAUCGGCAUACUUUGCGUCAUUAUUUAGUCAUCAAAAUAUGUCUCAAGCGAAUGCUUUAGAAGAGGUGGAUUUAACGAAAACGGUUCCUUGUCCGAUAGCAUUAAAGAUCAUAUUAGACUUUAUAUAUACAUCAGAAGUACAACUUAAUGAUAAAAUUGUUAUGCCUGUUUUAACCAUUUCAAUUCCAAUUUUACUUGAUGAUCUGAUCGAACUAUGCGUAGCUUAUCUUCGCGAUCAAUUGCAUCCAUCGAAUUGUAUCGGAUUAUUUCUCUAUGGUAAACAAUACCAAUGCGAUUCGUUACGUCAAGCGGCUGAAGAUUACAUCCAUAGUCACUUCGAAGAAGUCGUACGACAUGAAGAAUUUCUUUCUUUGAAUAUCCAUGACUUGUGUUCAAUAUUCAAAAAUGAUAAAGUGAAAGUUCCUUGUGAAUCAAUUGUUUACACUGCUGCAAUGCAAUGGUAUCGACACGAUCCAGUCAACCGACGUGCACAAUUGAAGCAAGUUUUUCCGUGCAUUCGGUUUCAGCUUCUAGAUCCAUGCGUUAUUCGUCGGUUGAUGAGUUGCGAUGAUUUCGCACCGCCAGACAUGCAAGGAUGUCGAGAUUAUCUAUCAAAUAUACAUGAGAAAUUAACAUCACAUCGCUAUUGUCGUUUACCACCACAUCGAGAACCGAUCAAACCACUUGUUAUUUAUUGUGGUGGAGGUUAUUAUAAUAAAUCAAUCAAUACGAUGGAAUGUUACUUCUUAGAAACUAAACAAUGGAAACGAUGCGCCGAUAUGCAAAUGCCACGAAGUGGAGUGGGCGUUGUUUCUCUUUGUAUGAGAGUAUAUGUCAUCGGUGGACGACACAAUACCAAAAACGAAAACAAAGAUUGUCAGGAUGUGGAACGAUAUGAUCCUUUUAUGAACGAAUGGUCUUCAAUGGCGCCCAUGCUUUAUGCUCGAAAUCGUCUUGGUGUUGGUGCAAUCGAUAAAAGUAUAUAUGCUGUUGGUGGCUCCAGUGGACAGCACAUACAUCGUUCUGUCGAGCGUUUCACUGUUGGAUCCGACAAUGAAACAUGGGUUGAAGUUGCUUCACUGAAUGUCGGACGUAUUGGUUUAGCUGUAUGUACACUUAAUCGACUUUUAUAUGCAAUUGGCGGUUUCGAUGGCCAUCGACGUUUAGCAGAUGUCGAAUCUUACAACCCCGAUGAGGACGUGUGGAAACGUGAACAACCACUUCUAUGUGGUCGAUCAGGUGCAGCUGCUGCCGCACUUGCGGAGUGUAUAUAUGUUGUUGGAGGUUAUGCAUCUGAUGUAGCAGAUGGAACAAUGCAGCUUGACGCUGUCGAGAGAUACGAUACCGUCACUCAGCAAUGGUCAUAUGUUCGACCGUUGAAUUGUCGUCGGUCGGCACUUAGCUGUGUCAUGUUAAACAAACGUCUUUUCGCUCUAGGCGGAUAUGACGGUAAAAAUUUCUCUUCGGUUGUGGAAGUUUACGAUCCUGAAAAAGACGAAUGGACUUUUGGAACGCCAUUAACGCGUGAACGAAGUGGCCAUGGUAGUGCACUUACAGUCGAACCAACAUUAAAUAAUGAUGAAUAA